AAUAUAACACAAAAUCGCCGAAAACUUUAAAAUGGUGGACAAGGAGCGAGGAAAAUAAAAAAUAACUAUAUAAGAAAAAAAAACUGGUUGGAAUAAAACAAAUGAUUAUUUUAUGAUAUGCAGCGAGAUUUGUUGAGGAAAAGACUUCCAACUGGAACACCUCGAUCUAAUGAUGAAAACAGUGCUAUACUAAGACGAAGACGUGAUUAUUCUCAAGUAGGAUGGGAAAACUAUUUUGAAUCAUAUGAAGAUGUGAUUGUUGGUGAAAACUGUGAUACAUUUCGAGUAUAUAAAUGUGGGUCAUGUGACUCAGGUCCAGUCCUCUUUCUCAUUCAUGGUGGAGGUUUUUCAUCUUUGACAUGGUCAGUUUUUGCUGUUAAAAUGACAGCCUUAUCCCAUUGUCAGGUGAUAGCCAUGGAUUGCAGAGGUCACGGUGACACACAUACAUCCCAUGAUUAUGAUUUAUCAAUUGAAACACUUACAAAUGAUGUACAGUCUGUGAUAGAGACUUUAUAUCCUCGAGAUCCUCCAGCGAUUAUUUUAGUUGGCCACAGUAUGGGUGGUGCUGUUGUUGUUCAUGUUGUUAGUCAAUGCCUUCUUCCAUCAGUUGUUGCUGUUGUUGUUGUUGAUGUUGUCGAAGGCACAGCUUUAGAAGGUUUGCCUGUCAUGCAAAGUUUUCUUAAAAAUCGACCAAAAGCUUUUUCUUCCAUGGAAAAAGCCAUAGAAUGGAGCGUUCGUACUGGUCAAAUACACAAUCUUGAAUCCGCUCGCGUAUCAAUGGCGGGACAACUUGUUAAGUCGAAAGUCGAUAAUUCUGAAACAAGCAAAGCAUGUACAACGUCUGAUUUAUUUUCGAUAUCUGAAGACAGUAAAGAAGAGCGUGUUGUAAAGCAAAAUAAUAUGACGCAAUUUGAAUAUACAUGGAGAAUAAAUUUGUCCAAGACAGAAAAAUAUUGGCAAGGAUGGUUUAAUGACUUAUCUUCUUUAUUUCUCUCGUGUUCAGUUCCCAAGCUUCUCCUGGUUGCCGGUCGCGAUAGGUUAGACAAAGAACUAACUUUGGCACAUAUACAAGGAAAGUUUCAACUUCACAUUUUACCAAAAUGUGGACAUGCUGUACAUGAGGAUGCUCCAGAUAAAGUUGCAGAAAUGUUAGCGACUUUUAUGGCGAGGCACAAAUUUGCUCAAACUAAACAGUCAUCUUGAAGCUCUAUGCCAUGUUGCUGAGAUCUGUUCACGAAGAAUUAUUGUAACAAUCUCUUGUUCUAUUUUGCCAGCCGUAAGUCACGUGAAGACAUGUCCAUCAAAUUCUGACAUUUUUUCAGGAAAUUGCAUUAAAAUUGUCGUCUCGUUCAAGUAUAUGGAAUGAAAUAAUUUUGUAAAAUUGUUGAAUUUAUGUAGGAUAAAAUCAAUAAAAAAUUUUCGUUCAUUGCCUAA